AUGGACUUCGAGGCGCUCUUCCCGCCGCUAAUGCCUUUGGAUGAGGCCGCCAACGAAGAAUUUAGCUCUGUGGACAUCAGCGUGGAUGAUAUACUGCUGCCACCGCUGGAGAAGGCCGUGGACGAUGGCAUCUACCGCGCGUUGAGGCGCUGGAACGAAGGAGACUCGGCGCUGACUGACAAAGCGCUGCCUUACAGCGAGCGAAUAAAGAAAUACCAACGCAUCGCUGCUUUAGCAUUGCAGGGCAAUGGACUAAGCAGCAUUGGGGGGGAGCAUGAGGAUGUGGCGACAGAGUCGGAGGAAGAACAUCCGCAAGAGGGGGACAGGGCGACGAGAAAAGAGCGCAAGAAGCUGCAGAAGGAGAUGGAGAAGGAAAGAGUGAGGUUUGAAGCCGUAUUUAAAGAACUGGACGAUAUCGAUGACUUAAGAGCCGAGAGAAUCCCCAGCGAACGUCUGCAGAAGUUCGUAGACACCUUUAAGGUCAAGAAGAGACGACUGGCACAGAAGAGAUCGAUGGCGGAUACGGACACGGCCAUGUGCUUUGAGUUCGCUCGGCCGAUGCCGGAUGACAACGACCCGAUUCUGUGGUUCGACGUGCUGCAUCCCAGCAAGGAUCCAGCGAAGACGCAGUCGUUCCUUGUGCGCCGCUCGCAGAGAAUCUCGGAGCUUGUGGAUCUCAUUGUCUGUGCAAAUGACGAGAGAUUAAACGAACACGCGAAGGCGUCCAAGCUCGCCUACUUUGGUCAGACAUUCUUUGUGGAUCGCCGUGUUCGUGGGAGUUUGGACUACUCCGAGCAGAUUUUACGCUGGAUUCGAGCCAAACCGGAACGCCAGGCGAAGUUUGGUGCAUUUACAGACAGCGAUCGAGCACGUCGGAGUCUUCACUCGUCCACUUUUGCUGAUCUGGAGCUCCACGUUGACGCGCCGGGAGUGUACAUUCAUCAGGGAGAGUGCGAGCACCUGCUACGUCUUCGAGAUGCUCGUCUUCCACAUGAACUUGACGCUCCAAAGAGCGCGGAUAUAUUCCCUCUACGUUUACCGAAUCCGCUGAACCGUCCUCUGCGCAACUGCCUGAUUUGUCAGAACUACAGCGCCAAGUAUGUGUGUUAUGGGGACCGAAUGGCGGUGGUAGACCCCAUGUUCUUUUGCAACCGCUGCUACCGGGCCGCGCACUACGACGCUAGCGGCAACCUGCUGUACAACGACUUCUUGAGCUUCCCGUUCGUCCAAGACUAG